AUGAUCUCAAAUAGGAUAUUGAAAUCCAACACUUUUAGCUGUCUUAAGCAGUCCAGUGGGGUGGUGGUGUACUGCAAUCAUAAAGAACUUGGUUGUCUGUAUCUCAUAACCGGAGUCAUCUUCAGUAUUCUAGGAACUAUAAUGUCUUUGUUUAUUCGAUUUGAGUUAUACAGUUCUGGAUCGCGGAUCAUUUGUACAGAGACGAUAGCUACUUAUAAUGUGAUAAUAACGAUACAUGGCCUAGCUAUGAUCUUUAUGUUCUUAAUGCCUGCUUUGUACGGAGGAUAUGGUAACUUCUUUGUACCAAUAUAUAUUGGUGGUUCGGAAGUCGUUUUCCCAAGAACUAACGCGAUCUCCUAUUUUCUAGUACCAUUAGGUUCUGUGUUGUUAACUCAAAGUAUUUGUUCCGAGUUUGGUAGUGGUCUUGGUUGGACAAUGUAUCCUCCACUAAGUACUAGCUUGAUGGUGUUAAAUCCAGAGGCAACUGAUUGGAUUAUCGGAGGUCUUGCAGUACUAGGAAUUAGUAGUAUUUUAAGUUCUAUUAACUUCCUUGGUACUUGCGUCUUCAUGGGUUCUAAUGCUGGUGCUAAGAACUAUAUUCUAUAUAUCUGGGCUAUCAUAUUUACUGCCCUUAUGUUAGUCUUCACUCUACCUAUUCUUACUGGUGGAUUAGUUAUGAUCCUUCUUGAUCUACACGUAAACACUGAAUUUUAUGAUUCUAUGUAUUCUGGUGAUAGUGUACUUUAUCAACAUCUAUUCUGGUUCUUCGGACAUCCAGAGUUCUGGAUCGCGGAUCAUUUGUACAGAGACGAUAGCUACUUAUAA